UAUUUAGAAUCCACUAUGUGAAAAAAAAACUUAAACAAAAACAGUUAACUAUAAGUAAAAGAAACAUGGUAAAAUAAAAUUAGGACAAAACCGGAGUUAGGUGAAAGAGUUUUAAAAAAUGGAAUGAUCAGACAGAGAAUCUCGGAGGACAGAACAAGAUAUUUUUAUCAAAAUUAACUUCCUUUUUGUUUUGUCCAAGAUGCUCUUAUUUACGCUUCCGAAUACGUGAGAAGUUAAAUAAUAAUAUCAUGAAACUAUCUUUUUAAAAAAAAAAAAUCGAUAAUUGCGAAUCCACAUAAUAACUGGAUCAACGGCAACCCAUCGUUUCUUCCCACCCGCGUAUUAUCCUCCCAUCGAUCCAAACACGAUUCUUCGUGUUGUUGAAUUUUACUGGGGGCAUCUGCUAAAAAUCUCAACUUUCGUCCCUUUACAUGAUUUGCUGAUUCAUCUAAUUGUCUGUCUCCUUGUCGAUUGGAUCCGGUUGGUGCUCUCUGUUUCUCUGUUCUUCUUCUUCAAUGGGAGCAUUAGAUGAAGGGUGUUUGAGUCUGGAGAUUGAAACUGGAAUCAAAAAUGGCUUCAUCGAGCUCGCUGCUUUCGAGCACCAACCAGAGACUAUAGCCAUCCAAGACGCUGUGAAGCUUCUCCUGCAAGGUCUUCACGAGGAUGUCAACAGAGAAGGCAUCAAAAAGACUCCUUUCCGUGUCGCCAAGGCCCUUCGUGAAGGCACCAGAGGUUAUAAGCUAAAGGUGAAGGAGUUUGUACAGAGUGCUCUGUUUCCAGAAGCAGGUUUGGACGAAGGAGUCGGGCAAGCGGGAGGUGUUGGAGGACUCGUUGUGGUUCGAGAUCUCGAUCAUUACUCUUACUGCGAGUCUUGCUUGCUUCCUUUCCACGUCAGGUGCCACGUCGGUUACGUCCCGUCUGAGCAACGCGUUUUGGGGCUGAGCAAGUUCUCUAGAGUCGCUGAUGUCUUCGCCAAACGUCUCCAAGAGCCUCAGCGUUUGGCUGAUGAUAUAUGCUCUGCUCUCCAGCACUGGGUUAAACCGUCUGGCGUCGCUGUUGUUCUCCAGUGCUCUCACGUUCACUUCCCUUGCUUGGAGGUUGACUCAAGCCACCAUGGGUUUGUGAAGCUUAUGGUUUCCUCCGGGUCUGGUGUUUUCGAGGAUGAAGGGUCGAGUCUUUGGGGUGAGUUCUUGAGUUUCUUGAAGUUCAAACGCGUAAAGACGCAAGCUUUGCGUGGGACCAACGGCUCUGUGAUGAAAGAGUGGUGUCCGAGCGUUAAAACCUCGUCCGAAGAAGAAGACCCUGAGAUGGUUUCUGCGGUUGUUUCGAUUCUGAAGUCAUUAGGAGAAGAUCCGUCAAGGGAGGGACUCAUUGCUACACCUUCUAGAUUCCUCAAAUGGAUGAUGAACUUCCAAAACGUUAACUUUGAGAUGAAGCUAAACGGCGUUAAUGUUAACGGUGUCAAGGUCAAAGAGAAGAAGAACAAGAAGAUGUACUGUGAAUUGAACGUACCGUUCUGGUCAAUGUGUGAGCAUCAUUUGCUUCCUUUCUACGGAGUUGUUCACAUUGGCUACUAUUGCGCUGAAGGAUACAACCACAAGCCAUCGCUCAUGAAGUCUAUUGUACACUUUUACGGGUUCAAGCUUCAAGUGCAAGAGAGGAUGACUCGUCAGAUAGCUGAGACGCUGUCGCCUCUCGUUGGUGGGGAUGUGAUCGUUGUAGCGGAAGCAGGACAUUCUUGUAUGGUCUCUAGAGGGAUUGAGAAGUUUGGAAGCAGCACUGCUACUAUUGCUGUUUUGGGUCAGUUUUCGAAUGAUAGUUCUGCAAGAGCUGAGUUUCUAGACAAGAUCCACGCAACAGCUGCGUUGAAGGUAGAUGCAAGCUCCCCAUUUUGAGUGGGUUUACUUGUUUGUUUAUUGUCUUUUGUUUUGUUUGGUAUCAUAAUCUCUUUUGAAGUCUCAAAACUAAGGAAGCAAUUCGAUUUCUUGGUUAUUGAUUUUUGUUCGAUCUAUCAUGUUUGCCAUUCUCUUUAUAAUAAUAGAUCUUGUGAGCCA